AUGGGAUGGAUCUUCCACAAUAGCACCUCAGAGACACUAAACCAGGGCUUCAAAGCUUUUGAGAACAUAGCUUCACCGCUAAUUGCAGAGGGAUUGGCAAUCCGUCAGGCUCUAGACCUCGGCUUCAAAAACUUGCAUGUGGCAUCAGAUUCCCAGCAACUCAUCACCGCCAUCAAUUCGAAAUCAAGUCUAUCGGAGAUUUUCGGAAUCUUGCAAGACAUCUCCUUUCUAUCUUCAUGCUUUAGCUCUACACGCUCAAUUUUGAAAAACUCCGCGUCUCCAUCUCUUCCCUCGGCUCCAAAGGCUUCUUUGAGCUCUUCUCUCCCUUCACCAGAGUCUCAGUUAGGUGUCUCUGUUCCUGAACAGAGUUUCAGUGCAAAUGAAGAUCUUGUUCACGGUCCCAUCCAAUCUUCUUCACUUAAAGGGGCAUGGGCUAAGAAGUUGAACCUUUCAAAAGCCACGCCUUCUUAUCAAGCUUCUCGCUUCACCAAAAUCAACUCUGAAAAAUGGCCUUCUUUGUCUGACUCAAAGGCUAUUCGCAAUCAGCAGCCUCGGGAAGUAACUUCUCAAAAAUCAAUGGCGAUGGAAGAUGAUAUCCGGUUUCCAUUGGCUGCGAAAAUGAAUCCAGCAUCAAGGAAUCUUUACAGGGCAACUGAGCCGGAAUAUCUAGAAGACGGAACUCCAAAGGUAACCAUUCCUCGACAUGUCUUGUUGCAAGGAUUAGAGAACCAAAAAGAAUAUGUCUUAGGCCAGUUUUAUAGAUGCGCUCCUCCUCCUGGUGGUCUGAUAUAUGCUGUUUUCAAUCAGUUGUGGGGCAGGAACUGUAAAAUUACUAUUAGGAAGCUUGGUGAAUCUAAUUACCUAUUUUAUAUUCCUGAUGAAUCGACUAGGAAUUGGGUUCUCCAAAGAGGGUUAUGGCAUGUUGAUGACUGCUUGAUGUUUGUUGCUGCUUGGACUCCGGAAGCAUCAUUAGCUAUCCCUGAGAUUAAAACUAUUCCAGUGUGGGUAACUCUAAAGAAAAUACCCAGUAGAGUUUACUCUAUCCCCGGUAUUAGUCACAUUGCCUCUGGUUUAGGAGCUCCUAUGGCCACCCACAAACCAAGGUUAGAUCCCAAUUUCACCGGUGAAGCUAAGAUUUUGGUGGAGGUUGAGUUGAGCAAAGCGUUUCUUCCAAAAAUUGCUGCUAAUGAUGAAAAUGGGUUUAUCUCCAUGGUUGAUGUGGAAUAUGCUUGGCUGCCCUCUAAAUGCACUAGAUGUGACGAACUUGGACACAAGGUAAAGAGGUGCUUAAAAGCUGUAAGCAAAGUAGUUGAUAACAAAGCAACUGAGACACACUCGAAGGUCACCACUGUGGUCACGGCAGCCACAAUCCCCAAAUCUGUUCAAAUUAACUCAACUCCUAAUGCAGGCGUCGAGGUAACUACUUCUAACAGCCUUGUCAACAUAAGUAAUGAAUCAAAUUUUGUUGAUCCAACAUCAGAUGAUCUCAUUUCGAUGGCUACAAUCUCAAUUCUUGAGAGUAUGUCCGCCUCUAUAGCACAUCCUCCUACUAUUAUCACCAUUAAUGACACUGUUGAGACUCCUACGGCGGAGACUCCAAUUAUCACCAUCAGCGACACUAUUGAGACUCCUAUGGUGGAGUCUGCUCAGAUUUUACAAGAUAUCGCUACUACUAUUGCUCAAGAUCACUCUACUAGUCAAAAGGAAAGUAGUACAUUAGUUGAGCCUGAUUUGGGUUCUAACAAGUUUGCCUCGUUGGCCUCUCCGGAAGAAGAAGAGGUUUCAAUGUAUUCAGACGAUGAUUUGGAUGCACUGGAUCUUACAACACCUUAUGGAAAGAGAAUCCUCCGAGACAGGCCAGUUAAACCAUCAACAAAGGCAAAGGAGAUGCAUUGGCAAAUAAUGGGUCGUGGACGUGGAAACGGAGGACGUGGAAACCGAGGUGGACGUGGCUAG